CGUGACAAUGGUGGGAGCAGAGAGACAGAUCUUAUUUCAUCUGAUUCUCUUUGUACUCUCUACAAACGUAAACAACGAGGAAUAUGAUGAUAGCAGAUGCUGUCUGAACUUCUACCAACAUCAAAAUGGAUCCUGCCUUGAGUGCCCACUUGGUACACACGGAGUUAACUGUAGCGGAACAUGUGUCAGUGGAUUCUAUGGUAGAUUAUGUCAAUCAGAAUGUGAAUGUCCCCAUGAUAAAUGCGACAACAAAUAUGGCUGUCUGACGGAAGUAGACACUGGGAAUGAGUGUCCGCUUGGUACACACGGAGUUAACUGUAGCGGAACCUGUGUCCAUGGAUACUAUGGUAGAUUAUGUCUGUCAGAGUGUGAAUGUUCCCAUGAUAAAUGCGACAACAAAUAUGGCUGUCUAAAGGAAGAAGACACUGGCAAUGAUGCUUUUCCACCUCCAACCGGACCCCAAAACACCAAAGGUCAGUGGGCAAAUGUGGUAUACAUUUUGAUAGGAUCCAUCACGACCCUGAGUGUUCUCGGUCUGCUGCUUUACUGGAAAGCCUGGUUUUCUAAAAGAAGCUCUUCAAACCUAGAGAUUGACCAGUUGAACUCCAGGCCUUCAGCAAAUCAACAGGAUCAUAUGUAUGAGAGACGUAGAGACGCAUCAGAAAGUGAGACGGACGGUGAAAUAUCAAUGUUACAAGUACAACACAGCUAUACUGGUCUGCAACGUUCUGAAAUCCAACCGGAAAUGACAAGAGGGAAUGAUAACGAUACUCUGCCAUCUUCUACUGCUGCCAUCUCACCUCACGGUACAGAAAUCAGUUGUUACGAUGUCGACGAAGUAGAAUAUGAACAUUUCGAUAGAAGCACAGCGUAUCAUGUGUUGUCUCUUCGUAGACAUUUUCAUGGAUCGCUGUUGAAAUCAGUUGAAUUGUCUUCAAUGAGAGGUCACAGAUCGAAUAACAUAGAAAAUGAAUAUGAUCGGGUUAGUGUGAGUCAUGAUAAGGAUGUAUUGCUGGAGAAAGAGAGGCCACUUUCAGAGGAAGAAAUUAUUCGCCAAAGUCUGAUAGAUGAAACAAUAAAUGAGUAUAUAGACAGAUCUCAACUAAUGAAAGAAAUGAGCAUGAAAGACGACGCUGAUAAACAUCAAUUGAAGACGACAUCAAGUGAUCUAAAUCUACCUGUACGAAUAGGUCAUAAUACAGAAGUUUUAUAUCCGUGUGCAUACAGUUUGGCAGACGGCAUAUGGAGUAUCGGGGACGCAUCGGAAUAUGAAGAUAUUUUGCCAAAUCUGACAAAGGAAGGUGUUGAUGCAGUCUGUUGCUCUAAACAUGGCAACGAUAAGGAUAACAAACGUUCUAAUGAAACACAGAAUAAAACAGCAGACAGUGUAAAUUCGGAUGUCAGUAUCAAUGUUGAAGAUGAUGAUGAUCUCGUAGUUCAAAACUUUAAAUCAUGUGAAGCUAUGAGUCCUCAGAUGGACGGAACUGAUGAAGGACUUUCUCCCGGCCAAUCUGACGAGUACAUUCAGGUGAUGAGAAGACAGAGUAAUACUUGCGUUGAAUCCAGUUAUCAGUAGAAGUUCUCAUUACAAAUGAGGAAUCGAGUGACGUGCCGCUUACAUUUUCUAUAGGUAGUGCCACUGUCGAUAUGAAACUGGACAUUGUUUCAGACAAUCUAUCGCUUUCAAUGUCUGGAGAAAAUGAUGAAAACUCCGACAUUCACAUUGAAUGUAACUCUAUGGACGACUAAUGUUCAUACGCUGUGUUAGGUCAAGAUACAUAAUUUAUAAAUCCAGCUGAUUCUUUGCAAAAGAAAGGGCAAUAAAAUCACAAUGACUGUAUUCAACAUCCACAUUCAAUAGCGAGCGUCGCAACGCGACGAGUUCGCUCUAAUGAUUACGCAUAUGAGUCACGUGAUUUGCUCUUCAUCAACUGAAAAGAAGAUGAGUAUUACCAAUAAUGCUUCUGGAAAAAUGUCGCCGUCACUGCGGUAUACUUCAUUGACAAUCCCAUAAUUAAAAGAAUUAAAUUGUUUACAAAGUACCAUAAAUGUUAUUAAAUUCCAUAAAACUUUUCUCAUAGCU